AUGGCUACCAAAGGCGAGAACGGCGUACACGCCAUCCCCAACAUCAACAACGCUACCAACGGCGGCCUACCAUCCCCAAGCCACAUCCGCUUCAUCCCUCUCUCCUACGAUAGCUCCAACUCGCGCGAAUCGGCCCUGCGUCUGGUCCUGUCCGUUCGCCCGGACUGGUCCGACAGCACCUCGACCAUCGAGUUCGUCCGCUUCACCGACGGCAUCACCAACACCCUGCUGAAGGCCAUCAACAAGCUGCCCGGCCUGUCCAAGGAUGAUGUUGACCGCGACGCAAUCCUGCUGCGCGCCUACGGCCACGGCACGGACCUGAUCAUCGACCGGCACCGCGAGACGCAGAACCACGAGCUGCUCAUGCGCUACGGGCUUGCUCCUGAGCUGCUGGCGCGCUUCCAGAACGGUAUGAUGUACCGCUUUAUCCGCGGCAACGUGACGCACCCGGAGGACCUGCGCAAGCCGGCGAUUUACAAGGCCGUUGCGCGGCGCCUGGCUGAGUGGCAUGCCAUCGUGCCGUGUAUCCCCGGCCGGACGGGCCACCAUAGUCGGCAGAAUUCGAGGAGCGACGUUGUGAGUGUCACGUCGGAGGACGAGCUGCAGAGGAAGAUAGAUGGUGUGGCGCCGGGCAAGCCGCCGCCGAAUGUGUGGACGGUCAUGCAGAAGUGGAUUUUUGCGCUGCCGACCGAGACCGAGGCCCAGCGCGCGCGGCAGGCCGAGCUGCAGCGCGAAUUUGAGGGGUUGGUUGCUGAGCUGAGCCAGAGGCCUGGCUUGGGCGAGAAUGGGCUCGUCUUUGCCCACUGCGACCUCCUCAGCGGCAACGUGAUCGUGCUCCCCAACAGCGACCCCAAGACAUCCGAUCCGCAAGUUGCCUUCAUCGACUACGAGUACGCGACCCCUUCCCCGGCUGCCUUCGACAUCGCCAACCACUUCGCCGAAUGGGGCGGUUUUGACUGUGACUUCAGCGUGCUCCCCACCCGCGCCCAGCGCCGCGAGUUCAUCGCGGAGUACAUCCACGCUUACUUCAAUCUCCUACGCUCCCGGAAGAUAUUGACCCAGGAAGUUGACGAGGAAGCCGAGGUUGAGAGGCUGCUGGACGAGGUCGACCGGUUCCGCGGCGUGCCUGGGUUUUAUUGGGGCAUUUGGGCUUUGAUCCAGGCGACCAUUUCAGAGAUUGAGUUCGAUUAUGCGUCGUAUGCGGAGACUAGGUUGGGAGAGUACUAUGCCUGGAAGCAGGAGGUGACGGGGGAGAGGGCAAGGCUGGGAAAGGAGAUGCCGCUCAGGGAGAGGAGGUGGGCGCAGGAGCAGUGA